AUGAUUGGAGCUACUGAAGUCAAACUAGAGCCUAGAGAUGCUGAACAGUCAACUGAGGUAGAGAUACCGCAAGUGGCGGCACCAAUCGCUCAAGAUGUUGUAUCAGGAUCGGAGUCGCGUGAAGUCACUACCGCACCUCUGACCAACAAUCGCAUGUCUCCAACUCAGGAAUUUACUUGUCGAUGGAAUGAAUGCAACGAGAAACAACACACGAAUCUCACGAAUCUAGUCAAUCAUGUAAAUGUCACUCAUAUUGGACCUCCAACCACUGGACCUCAAACAACAUCUUCAACGAAUCCCAAAAACAUUUGCUUAUGGGAAAAUUGUUCACGUUAUGGAGUAGAACAACCAAGUCGGUUCUCUUUGAUAUCACAUUGUCGUACACAUACAGGCGAAAAGCCAUUUUUUUGUCCUAUACCUGAAUGUGAGAAACAUUUUACGCGAUCAGAUGCCUUGACUAAACAUGUUAAAGGUGUUCAUGAUUUACACAACAUAAAGGAUCAAUUAAGUGCGUUGAAGGAGAAAGCUAGGCGAGGACAAUUGGAUUUGGGUUUCAAUGUGGAGAACUUGAGUGAUGAAGAAUAUGCUAGGAUUAUUGAUGAUGAUUAUGAAUUGAAAAUGCCAUGGUGGUUUAAUAAUGAAUUUGUCAAUUUGUUAAAGGAAGUGGAGUCUAAAGAAGAUAAUGAAUUUACAAUUGGCGAUGUUGAAAACCUCCCACUAGAUACAAGACAAUACUGGCUAAGUGAUAUUAGAAUCAAACAAUUUCUCGAUUCCAAACCGGUGGAAGAAGGUUCAUUUAUUAAUGAAAAUGAUGCCAAUAAUGAUAUUGUCAACAUAGCCAAGAAGCAAUACCAGUUUGAGCAUCCGAAUGAAAUUAUCCCUGAAAUCAAUAGUAAAAACAUCUUGCAUUUCUUAUCUCAAGACUCGAAAAAGUUAGCGUCAAAAUAUAUUACAAAAAAUCCAGUUUUGGAUGAAAUUGAAAACAUUGACAAGAUUACUGACUUGCCUGAACUAAAACAACUACACAAUUCUUUAUUGAACCAAUUGAAUACAGGAUUGAAGAUCAAUAAAGUUGUCUCGAAUCAACUACAGGCCAAAACCAAGGAGAAACGACAACUUUGGGCUCGUAAUCAAUUACUUAUAGAUGCUAACUUACAAAUUGGAUUGCCUCCAGAAGCAAACUCUACACCACAGAGAGUAAUGCAGGAUAGAUUUGAUGAGGAAUUAUUACGUGGAUGA